CCAAACACGCUUGCACCAACAAAACCCAAACAGUCUCUUUUUCUUUCAUACGUUUUCCUUUCAUUUAUUUAUGUAAAUCCUUUUCCCUUUUUUUUUUUUGAAAAAAAUAAGAAAAACGAAACCCGACAUUAUCGCUGCAAAAUGUCGUCGAAGGGGAAGGGAAAGGCCGUCGCUACCGGCGGAGAUAAACGGAAACGUGGCGAUGUUGACGACGACAAGACCGGUGGUGGAAAGAUGAAAAGGAACCGUGCGGUUCUUCAGUUCUUCGAAGACGAAGCUGAUCAUAGUGAUUACGAGAGUGAUGAUAGUGAUCUUAAUUUUGACAUUGAAGAUUUUAUGGAUGAAGAAUAUGAUGUAGAGCUGAAAGUAAAGAAUGAUCCACCAAAAACCCAAAAUGUUCCAAUUGUUCCCAAAGAGGAGCAGAUGGACGGGGAAGAAUUUGAUAAGAUGAUGGAAGAGCGUUUCAAGAAUAAUCCCAGAUUUCGUUUUGCUGAAGAUGCUGAUGAGGCUAAAAGAUCCAUGGAAAGAAAUUAUCUUGAACCUUCUGCAAAGGAUCCAACUAUCUGGAAAGUGAAAUGCAUGGUUGGACGUGAGAGGCAUUCAGCUUUUUGCCUCAUGCAAAAGUUUGUUGACUUGAAGUCUCUGGGUACCAAACUGCAGAUAAUAUCUGCAUUUUCCAUUGAUCAUGUUAAGGGUUAUAUUUAUAUUGAAGCUGACAAGCAAAUUGAUAUUAUUGAGGCAUGUAAAGGGCUUUGUAGCAUAUAUUCUAGCAGGAUGGCUCCAGUUCCUAAAAAUGAAGUGUCUCAUCUGCUCUCCAUCCGAAAAAGUUGUAAUCAAGUUUCUGAGGGCAUGUGGGCUCGUGUAAAGAAUGGGAACUAUAAGGGGGACUUGGCGCAGAUUGUGGCUGUGAAUGAUGUGCGGAAAAAAGCAACAGUGAAGCUGAUUCCAAGAAUUGAUUUGCAAGCAUUGGCGCAAAAAUUUGGAGGGGGACUUGCAAAGAAGAAAGCUGCCAUACCAGCUCCGAGACUAAUCAGCUCAAGUGAACUUGAGGAGUUCCGGCCUCUUAUUCAAUAUCGACGUGACCGUGAUACUGGCAAGAUGUUUGAGGUUCUUGAUGGCCUGAUGCUCAAGGAUGGAUAUUUAUAUAAAAGAGUAUCUAUAGAUUCUUUAAGCUGCUUGAGCGUUUUGCCUUCAGAAGAGGAGUUGUUGAAGUUCAAGUCUUCUGAGAAUAAUGAGUCAGAGAAUUUGGAAUGGCUUGCACAGAUAUAUGUUGGACAGAAGAAAAAACGGAUAAUUGGAAAUGAGAAAGGUGGUGAGAAAGGAGAGGGCUCAUCAGCAUCCGGGCAGAAUAGAUUCGAACUGUAUGAUCUUGUGUGUUUCGGCCGCAAAGAUUUUGGUCUUAUUGUUGGUAUGGAGAAAGAUGAAUCUUACAAGAUUCUAAAACAUGGACCUGAAAAACCUGAUGUGGUUACUGUUGCAUUACGCGAUCUAAAGAAUGGGCCCACUGAUAUGAAGUUUACUGCUUUAGAUCAUCACAAGAAAACCAUGUCAGUUAACGAUACUGUUAAGGUUUUGGAAGGUCCAUUGAAGGAUAGGCAAGGAAUUGUUAAGCAAAUCUACAGAGGCAUCAUAUUUAUAUAUGAUCAGAAUGAAACAGAAGAUUGUGGUUAUUUCUGUUCGAAAGCUCAAAUGUGUGAAAAAAUCAAGCUUUCCUUUGAUGCUUGCUAUGGAAAGGAUAGCGAAUCAGGCUCUUUAGGUUUUGAAGAUUUCCCAUCAUCUCCCAAACCCCCCUUAUCACCUAAAAAACCGUGGCAAGCGAAAGAAAAUAACCGUGGCUGUAUGCAUUUCAACCCAGGCGACAAGGAUGGAUUGUUCUCCAUUGGUCAAACCUUGAGAAUCCGAGUAGGACCUUUGAAGGGGUAUCUAUGCCAGGUCUUGGCCAUACGCUAUUCUGAUGUUACUGUGAAGCUUGGUUCUCAGCAGAAAGUUCUUACAGUUAAAAGUGAGCAUCUUUCUGAGCUCCGUGCAAAGAGCUCCGCCAUGUCUGUAAGUGACGAUCCACGAUCCAGUUCUUUCAAACCAUUUGAUUUACUUGGAAAUGAAGGUGGCUCUGGAGGUUGGACGGGUGGAGCUGGGACAUCAACUGAAGGUGAUGGCUGGAACGUUGGUGGCCUCUCCACUGAAAGAACUUCUUGGUCUAGUCCGGGCUUCACGCUUCAACCUGAAACCAACCCUGUAAAUCCAUCAAGUUCUGUAGAUAAUGAACCAAAUAAAGAUGAUACUUGGGGGAGUCAAGCUAAAGCAAAACAGACUUCAUCUCGGGGUGCAGCUGCAGCUGACUCUUGGAACAAAGCUGCUUCUAACAUUGGUUCUAGCAGUGGUGCAUCUGUGGGCUGGGGUAAAGCAACUUUAUCCAAUGAAGAUCUGCCAGGCUCUUCAAGAGGUUCUGGAGAUAACUGGGGUCAAGGAAUCCUAAGAGAUGAAAAAUCUUCUUUUGAUGCUGCAGCAUCUGCUUGGGACAAAGGAAAGACUGUUAUUGGAAACCAAAAUGGCAGCUGGGGUGAGGCAGCUACCGGGAAGAAUCAAGUGGGUUCGUGGGGAAAAUGUAAUGAUGCAGUUGAAGCAGGAUCCUGGGAGAAGAAUAAAAGCUCUGGCACAGGAGAGGACUGCUUGAGUAACAAGACUACCGGGUGGAAUCAACAGAAAUCACAAGAUGGAGGAGACCCUUGGGGUAAAGCUGCAGAAGAACAAGAUAAGGGUGCUGCACAAAAUGAUUCUUGGGGUAAAGCUGCAGAGAAGCGGGAAAGCAAAAAUGGCGCCGAAAAGCCAACUGAGGGUUGGGGUAAGGCAGGCAGGAGCAGCACUCAACCAGAAGCUGAUAAAGGAAGUGGCUGGAUGAAAGACAAAGCUGAUAGUGCAGGUCAAACUUCAAGUUGGGGCAAUGGGAAAUUUUUUAGUGAAGAUGCAACUGAGUGGAAUAAAGAUGGAUCUAGUAACCAGAAUCAGACUGAUAGCUGGAAUAAGCCAAAGGCCUUUGGUUCUGAUAGGGGAUCUUGGAAUAAACAGGGAGAAUCCUCUUGGGGUAAACAAGAGGGGGGAUCUUGGGGUAAUGGGAAUAGACCAGAUGGAGAUCAAGAGUUUGGUGGCUGGAACAAGACAUCUGAUGGGGGUCAUGGUUCAGGUGGGAGCAGGGGAAGAGGAGGUGGUCGUGGUGGUAGAGAUCAGUUUGGCCGAGGAAGAUCCUCUGGUGAUGGUCAGUCUUCAGGUUGGAAAGGUGGAGAAAACAAUUCAACUGGCAAUGAUCAAGGAGGUGGCUGGGGCAAAUCCAAGGGGUUUGAGGGAAGUAGAGAGGGUGGAUGGAAGUCUGUUUCUUCUGGGGGUGAUAGUGGAUCAGGUUGGAACAAAAGUGGGGAAGCAGAUAAAGAGACCGGUGGGAGUGUGGACAAAUGGAACAGCGGGAACAAAUCGAGCUGGAACAAUGAUCAAACUCAAGGUCACAAUGGGAGCAAAGGUUUUGUUUCUAAUCUGUCUUCAGAAGGGCAAAAUGAUGGUGCUAGUUGGAGAGCACCCAAAUCAAGUGGCAUGAACUCGUCUUCUGGAUGGAACAGUGCUUCUGCUGUGGAUGAAGUACCAGGUGGAAGUUGGGGUGGAGGCAGCAAGUGGAACUCAGGGAAAGCUUCAACUGGUGACAAUACAACUGGAUGGAAAACUGGAAUGAGUGGGGCUGGCACCCAGCCGUCUGACUGGGGUGCUCCAAAAGCUUCUAAGGGAGACCAGUCAUCAAGCUGGGAUAAUAAAACUGGUCAUGUAGAUGCCAACCAGUCAUCUGGUUGGGGUAGUAAAAGCUGUUGGAAUCAGAAAUCUCCUGAACUUGAAAAGGACAGUGAGAUAGAUGGAAACCGGAAUUCUAGCUGGGGUAAGAAAAGCAAUUUGAAAUCUGAAUCAAGUGAUGUAGGUGGAAAUGCUGACUCUGACUGGGGCAAGAAGGGCAAUUGGAACUCCGAAUCCAAUAAUGCUGAUGGAAAUCAAGAUUCUGGUUGGGCCAACAAAAGCAACUGGAACUCUGGGUCCAAAGAUGCAAACCAAGGUUCUAGUUGGGCCAAGAAAAGUAAUUGGAACUCUGGAUCUAGUGAUGUGAACCAAGAAUCUGGUUGGGACAAGAAAAGCAGUUGGAGCUCUAGAUAUGGUGAUGGUAACCAGGAUGCUUCUGUAGCCUGUGAUGAUGAAAACCAAACUGAGACCUGUGGUAAUAGGGCAGGUGGUGGGAAUUGGAGAGGUGGUUUUGGUGGUAGGGAUGGUUCAGACAGAGGGGGUUUUAGAGGUAGAGGUGACAGAGGAGGCUUUGGAGGUAGAAAUGGUUCAGACAGGGGGGGUUUUGGAGGUAGAGGCAGAUCCGACAGAGGUGGAUUUGGAGGCAGAGGUGGUCCAGACAGAGGGGGCUUUAGAGGUAGAGGGGACAGAGGAGGCUUUGGUGGUAGAGGCAGAGGAAGGAGGGAUCAAAAUGGUGGUUGGAGUGACAACAAUUCUGCUGAAGAUAAGACCUUUGACUGGAAGAAUGGGGCAAACAAUAGCAGUGGAGGAUGGAAAAAUAAUGGUGGUGGAAGCAGUUGGAACCGAGGAGGUGGUGAUAGGGGCCACCAACAGAAUAGCUGGAAUUCUGGAAGUGGUGGAACAAGCAAUGAAGGUGGUGGUUGGAGUAGCCAAGGUUCAGGCUGGAACCAGUCAAGAACGGCCAAAGAUAGUGGUGGCAGUGACCUUGCUGGUGGUUGGAACAAGGGAACCUGUGCAAACAGCGAUGUUGCCUGGGGUCAAGGAAACAGCUGGAAGUCAUCAAAUCCUUCUGGUGAGGGCUGGAGUAAAUCAAGCAAAGAAAUUAAAGGUUCAGAAGAUCAAGGGGGUGGCUGGAACAAAGGACCUUCUGGUGCAAACAGCGAUGCUGCCUGGGGUCAAGGAAACAGCUGGAAGUCAUCAAAUCCUUCUGGUGAGGGCUGGAGUCAAUCAAGCAAAGAAAUUAAAGGUUCGGAAGAUCAAGGGGGUGGCUGGAACAAAGGACCUGGUUCCAGUGCUCAAGGUGGUGGCUGGGGGACAAAAGGAGCAGGCUCAGGAGAAGCAGGGAUGACUGGGGGUGAUGCUAUGACCUGGAAUCAAUCUGGUGCUUCUGGCAGAGGCCAAUCAUCUGGUUGGAGUGGAUCAACAGAGGGAAAAGAAGGAACUAAUACAGGCGGGGAACUAACUGAUCCGUGUGGUAAAGCAUCAUCAACAAGUUCUUGGAAUCAAUCAAGCAAAGACGUUGAAGGUUCUGAUGACCAAGGGAGUGGCUGGAACAAAGGACCCAGUUCUAAUGCUCAAGCUGGUGGCUGGGGGGACAAAGGAGCAGGUUUGGGAGAUGGAGGCGAUGCUAAGACCUGGAAUCAAUCAAGUGCUUUUGGCGGAGGGCAAUCAUCUGGUUGGGGUCAAUCUUCAGAGGUGAAAGGAGCAAAUGAAACUGGUAAGCCGGCUGAUCCAUGGGGUAAUAAAGCAUCAACAAGCUCUUGGGGAAACGAAGGGAAUGAUGGAAGUAGCAAAGGGGGGUGGUAAUUGCUUUGCAAAAGAAGCCAUGGUAUCUAGUUUUUGAAGUUUAAAGGAGCUGUAUAUAUUAGCUUAUUGUCUUAUUCACGGUUAGGAAGGAUCUAACAGUGGUAUUUCUUUUGAAACUCUGCCCUAGACUCAAAUUUCUGUUUCCUUGACAUUUUGAAUUCCGGUACUCCCAGAAGGAGUUGCUCUUGGAGCAUUGAUCAUGGAGACGGUUUCUAGUUUAUGACAGUAUUUUGUAUGUAAAUGGUUAUUUAAGCCCGUACUUUUGCAAUGUUUAUAAUAGUUCCCUAGUGCCAGAAA